CUACGCACCAUUUAAAGAUUCUUUAAAGUUCAUAGGUUUACGAGACAAUCAGUUGUUAAGAUUCUUCCUUUACAUAUUUGACUGAAAAUGGAUUCCAACGCAUUUAUUGAGCAACAGCCUUCAACAAAUGUUCGCACACAAAAACGAGAAACAAAGCAUCGAAUAUUUGUGAAUCGAAGUCUUCAGUUGGACAAAAUAAAGUUUUUUGGAUUCGAUAUGGACUAUACUUUAGCGCAGUACAAAUCCCCGCAGUAUGAGGAACUCGCAUUUGACAUUGUUAAAUCCCGGUUGAUUAAGCUUGGAUAUCCAUCGAAAAUUGCCGAAUAUACUUACGACCCAUCAUUCCCGCUAAGGGGCUUGUGGUUCGAUCGACUUUAUGGUACAUUGUUAAAAAUGGAUCAAUUUGGAAAUAUCCUUUCAUGUUUACGUGGAUUUAAUCUUAUUCAGAGAGAAGAGCUUCGAGCAAUGUACCCAAAUAAAUUUGUGAAGUUUGAUGAGAAGCGUAUCGAGAUAAUGAACACUUUAUUCAGUCUUCCAGAAACCUAUAUGCUUACAUGCGUAAUUAACCAUUUUGUCAGCGACUCUGAUUACAUAAAGACAGAGCAUGGUUUGAAAAAGGGGACUUUGUAUAUGUCUUAUGCUUCAAUUUAUGAGGAUGUUAAGGCUGCAUGUGACUGGAUGCAUACAGGGGAACUAAAACAACGUACUUUGGCAAAUAUAGAGGAAUAUGUUGAACGUGAUCCCCGUCUUUGUGUUUUGUUAGAUAGGUUACGUGUGAAUGGUGCCAAAGUAUUCUUACUGACAAACAGUGAUUUUUGGUACUCCGAUGCGAUUAUGAGUUACAUUUUGGAAAUUCCUAGACCUGAUGGUGCCAUUCGUAAAUGGACAAGUUACUUCGACUAUAUUGUGACUGAUGCAAGAAAACCGGGGUUUUUUCAAGAAGGAACAAUAUUAAGAGUUGUUUCACAGGAAACUGGCCAACCGAGUAUAGGUCAUCAUAUGGGUCCUUUAGAAACUGGUCAAAUAUACGCUGGAGGUUCUUGUGAAGUCUUCUCAAAUUUAAUUGGUGCUCGUGGUAAAGAUGUCCUGUAUGUCGGUGAUCAUGUUUAUGGGGAUAUAUUGAAGUCGAAGAAGACUGUCGGUUGGCGGACGUAUCUAAUUAUCCCUGAAUUGGCGAAUGAAGUUUAUGUAUGGAAGAGAAAGAAAUCGCUGUUUGAUGAAUUGCAGAGGAUUGAUAACAAUUUAGAAACAAUUUAUCGUGACCUGAAUAUAUCGUCCAACAUAAGACCAGAUGUUGGUAAUUUGCAGAGGAAGAUUCGGGAUGUAGCUCAAAAAAUGGAAGAAUCAUACGGUGCAUUGGGCAGCAUUUUCAGAAAUGGUUCGCGACAUACAUUUUUCUCAUCUCAAGUACUACGCUAUGCAGAUUUGUAUUCAUUUUCUUGUAUCAAUCUAAUAUACUAUCCAUUGUGUUAUAUGUUUCGUGCACCUGCUAUGCUUAUGCCACACGAGUCAACUGUGUCUCAUGGGGAUUCACCGAAAGACAGUUUCUCAGAUUUGGAUUCUGUGCCUUGUGGAAUUCGUCGACGUACUAAAAUUGGUCUUACUUCAGGGACAUCGGUUAAAUGUGAUGGCAAUUCUUCACUCGUAGAAAAUGAGCAAUGUGCUAAUGAUAAUUCUGACAAUAAUAAUGUUGGUCUCGGUGAUCAAUCACAGGAUUUAUCAGAUUUUUCCGACUAAAGGUUUAAAGCUGAGUCAAGUCUUACAAUUCUAAUAAUUGUCAAGACAACAGAAGAGAAAAAUCAGACAAGAAGAAGGAAUACUCGCGAGUGCUAUCGAGAAGUGAAUGCCUGACUGAGUGAGCGAUAGUCGAUAUAACAUGGAAUAUACUCACACACACACACACUUGCUACCUCUUCUCAUCAUUUUAUUUUUAUCUAAAUCAGUUGCUCAUAAUUUU